UUUUUGGAUAAGUCAGAGGAUGUCUUACUGAAGCACCAGGCCAGUAUCAAUGAGCUGAAGAGAGCCCUGAGGGAGCCCAACAGCAAGCUGAUGAACCGUGAGAAGCGGCUGUCAGGGACAUCUCCAGGCGGCACGCCCGAGAAGAAGGCUGUGAGUGUGGGAUGAGGGUGUUGAGGACCUGGGGUCCACUGGAGCAGGGGUGGCGGUUGAGAUUCACAACCUUUAACCUAUGUACCACCUCUCCACUGUAUUCUAUGAAUAUAUCACUGAUAAGGCUAUACUACUCCUGUUUAAACUGCCCUGACAUCUGACAGUGAGUCUGUGUGUGACAGCUUUGACAUUCCAGUCUUGCAUUAAGUUUCCUAACACCUCAUACUGUUGACUCCCCUUGAACCCAGUAGGCUUGGAGGUCAAGACUGGAGUACAUGUUUCUCUCCAUUAUCCAUAGGGAAACCGUCACUACUCUGGCUUCGUGUGCUUUGUCAUCUAAUGGAAUAUUGUUAACCUGAAUAUUUACAGUCUGUUAUAAAACCAAGAACUGACUUUUGAGGACAAUAAUAUUUCUUCAAGGUAUUGUAGGUGGUUAUUUAUUGUAGAUAUAUACUGCUGCAGACUCAGACGCUACCUAUUGGAUAGUGUGAUGGUAGUGCUAAAAGAGAUCAUAAGAACACAUUUAUUUAGAAAAAUAACCUGGAAAAUGGUUCUGCAUUUAUCAUUAGAGAUGGGUGUUUGUGGCAAUAUCUCAGUUUUAUUUAAAGAUGGUUGAAAAGUGAUUCUGCAAUAACUUGAAGAGAUUAUGUGAGGCCCUCGAGGAGCAAUCAUAUCUAGCGUCUUCCCACCUUGAUUGCCUGACAGUUAAAAUGCUUCCCUUUGUGUCAGAACACAAACACCCAUGCUGCUUUGAUCACUUUCACAUUGUGAUUGUACUGUUAAGAUACAGUAGUAAGAUAGUACUCUCCAGUCUAGCUCUGUCAAUGCAGUCUGUUUCCAGGUAUUUUUGUAGUCUACGGAAGCUUUCUCAUCUGCUGCCUGAGAACAAUCGGAUUAUAGCCGUGGAGAAUAUCAUCAGACAUCCUUAAAGGCAUGACAAGUUGAUCUGUCAUGUACCUACAUAGAUCUGAGGGAGAGAUGCUAAAGUCCUGAAUGAAUAAUGACAAAGUGUGGCCUGAGAAAUCUCUAUCUUGGAGGAUUCCCACUUCUCAGAAAGAUUCAGAGGAAAUCAUAAAGCCUUUGAUGUAGUUGCAAAUGUUAUUUUUGCAUUGCAAAUACCUCCUCAUUUGCUUAUGCAGAUUUGGCAGCCGCAGUAUGCAGGUGGAAGCUAACUAGGCCCAUGUUGCUCAUUUGCAAUAAUCUCAUUAUUUGAUUCAAGAUUUCAUCUUGAUUGGCUCAUAGAUUUCAGCUCAGACUUCAAUUCAGGAGAGACGUACAGUAUGUUUGUAAAGUCCCUUGUCUCCCUAGCCCAUUGAAUCAACAUUUCUUCCCCCUUUCUACCAGUCUCUUUCCUUUAACCAUUUUCCCUUCUUGCAUGAAAUUACUUAAAUUUAAAUAGUAUGCUGUGACAAAGAGCCCUACAGUUGGUCUCUCUCCUUGUCACAAGAGUGACAGAGUUAGGGCUCCUCUAAUAGCUGUUCUCCUCCCUCUCUCUUCCCCCUCCACCCCUCUCCUGGUGGGAAAUGCUCGGUCCCCCAUCAGGUGGUGGGCAAGGAACUAGUAAACAGCUUCUCUGUAGAGGGCUUCGUCCAGAAGACUGUGGUGACUUCCCCAGAGGUUUCCCUUCACUUCCUCCUCCUCUCUCUUCUAAUGUCUGCCUUAUAACUGACUGUACUGUAGUUUACCAUUUAUCUGUAGUGAAACUGUGGCCCAUACCAUUUUAUAUACAUACUGCACACUCAGCUACAGCUGAUAUCUCUUACAUCUUGUUUUAUCUGAUCUGCUGCAGUCAUUGUGUCUGAGAAAAUUUUAAGAAAUGCAAUAACCAACAUGUACAGUGGGGAGAACAAGUAUUAGAUACACUGCCAAUUUUGCAGGUUUUCCUACUUACAAAGCAUGUAGAGGUCUGUAAUUUUUAUCAUAGGUACACUUCAACUGUGAGAGACGGAAUCUAAAACAAAAAUCCAGAAAAUCACAUUGUAUGAUUUUUAAGUAAUUAAUUUGCAUUUUAUUGCAUGACAUAAGUAUUUGAUCACCUACCAAUCAGUAAGAAUUCCGGCUCUCACAGACCUGUUAGUUUUUCUUUAAGAAGCCCUCCUGUUCUCCACUCAUUACCUGUAUUAACUGCACCUGUUUGAACUCGUUACCUGUAUAAAAGACACCUGUCCACACACUCAAUCAAACAGACUCCAACCUCUCCACAAUGGCCAAGACCAGAGAGCUGUGUAAGGACAUCAGGGAUGAAAUUGUAGACCUGCACAAGGCUUGGAUGGGCUACAGGACAAUAGGCAAGUAGCUUGGUGAGAAGGCAACAACUGUUGGCGCAAUUAUUAGAAAAUGGAAGAAGUUCAAGAUGACGGUCAAUCACCCUCGGUCUGGGGCUCCAUGCAAAAUCUCACCUCGUGGGGCAUCAAUGAUCAUGAGGAAGGUGAGGGAUCAGCCCAGAACUACACGGCAGGACCUGGUCAAUGACCUGAAGAGAGCUGGGACGACAGUCUCAAAGAAAACCAUUAGUAACACACUACGCCGUCAUGGAUUAAAAUCCUGCAGCGCACGCAAGGUCCCCCUGCUCAAGCCAGCGCAUGUCCAGGUCCGUCUGAAGUUUGCCAAUGACCAUCUGGAUGAUCCAGAGGAGGAAUGGGAGAAGGUCAUGUGGUCUGAUGAGGAUGAGUACAACCCCAAGAACACCAUCCCAACCGUGAAGCAUGGAGGUGGAAACAUCAUUCUUUGGGGAUGCUUUUCUGUAAAGGGGACAGGACAACUGCACCGUAUUGAGGGGAGGAUGGAUGGGGCCAUGUAUCGUGAGAUCUUGGCCAACAACCUCCUUCCCUCAGUAAGAGCAUUGAAGAUGGGUCGUGGCUGGGUCUUCCAGCAUGACAACGACCCGAAACACACAGUCAGGGCAACUAAGGAGUGGCUCCAUAAGAAGCAUCUCAAGGUCUUGGAGUGGCCUAGCCAGUCUCCAGACCUGAACCCAAUAGAAAAUCUUUGGAGGGAGCUGAAAGUCCGUUAUUGCCCAGCGACAGCCCCGAAACCUGAAGGAUCUGGAGAAGGUCUGUAUGGAGGAGUGGGCCAAAAUCCCUGCUGCAGUGUGUGCAAACCUGGUCAAGACCUACAGGAAACGUAUGAUCUCUGUAAUUGCAAACAAAGGUUUCUGUACCAAAUAUUAAGUUCUGCUUUUCUGAUGUAUCAAAUACUUAUGUCAUGCAAUAAAAUGCAAAUUUAUUACUUAAAAAUCAUACAAUGUGAUUUUCUAAGAUUCCGUCUCUCACAGUUGAAGUGUACCUAUGAUAAAAAAUUACAGACCUCUACAUGCUUUGUAAGUAGGAAAACCUGCAAAAUCGGCAGUGUAUGAAAUACUUGUUCUCCCCACUGUAGGUCUACAUUUGGAUGCAAAUGUAUACAUUUCUAUGUAUGAUUGCAGCAAUUGGGGUGGAAAUCAAUUACAGUCUAUAAGCAUGCACUUACCAUCUACAUACAGUAUCUCACAAAAGUGAGUACACCCCUCACAUUUUUGUCAACAUUUGAGUAUAUCUUUUCAUGUGACAACACUGAAGAAAUGACACUUUGCUACAAUGGAAAGUAGUGAGUGUACAGCUUGUACACUCACUACAUAACAGGGCCCCGUGUAGCUCAGUUGGUAGAGCAUGGCGCUUGCAACGCCAGGGUUGUGGGUUCGUUUCCCACGGGGGGCCAGUAUGAAAAAAAUAAAAAUAAAUGUAUGCACUCACUAACUGUAAAUCGCUCUGGAUAAGAGCGUCUGCUAAAUGACUAAAAUGUAAAUGUAAAUGUAAAUUUCCUGUCCCCUCAAAAUAACUCAACACACAGCCAUUAAUGUCUAAACGUGGUCCUCUGUAGCUCAAUUGGUAGAGCAUGGCGCUUGUAACGCCAGGGUAGUGGGUUUGAUCCCCGGGACCACCCAUACGUAAAAAUGUAUGCACACAUGACUGUAAGUCGCUUUGGAUAAAAGCAUCUGCUAAUUGGCAUAGUAUUAUUAUUAUUAUUAUUAUUAUAAACCGCUAGCAACAAAAGUGAGUACACCCCUAAGUGAAAAUGUCCAAAUUGGGCCCAAUUAGCCAUUUUCCCUCCCCGGUGUCAUGUGACUCGUUAGUGUUACAAGGUCUCAGGUGUGAAUGGGGAGCAGGUGUGUUAAAUUUGGUGUCAUCGCUCUCACACUCCCUCAUACUGGUCACUGGAAGUUCAACAUGGCACCUCAUGGCAAAGAACUCUCUGAGGAUCUGAAAAAAAGAAUUGUUGCUCUACAUAAAGAUGGCCUGGGCUAUAAGAAGAUUGCCAAGACCCUGAAACUGAGCUGCAGCACGGUGGCCAAGACCAUACAGCGGUUUAACAGGACAGGUUCCACUCAGAACAGGCCUCGCCAUGGUCGACCAAAUAAGUUGAGUGCACGUACUCAGCGUCAUAUCCAGAGGUUGUCUUUGGGAAAUAGACGUAUGAGUGCUGCCAGCAUUGCUGCAGAGGUUGAAGGGGUGGGGGUCAGCCUGUCAGUGCUCAGACCAUACGCCUCACACUGCAUCAAAUUGGUCUGCAUGGCUGUCGUCCCAGAAGGAAGCCUCUUCUAAAGAUGAUGCACAAGAAAGCCCGCAAACAGUUUGCUGAAGAUAAGCAGACUAAGGACAUGGAUUACUGGAACCAUGUCCUGUGGUCUGAUGAGACCAAGAUAAACUUAUUUGGUUCAGAUGGUGUCAAGCGUGUGUGGCGGCAACCAGGUGAGGAGUACAAAGACAAGUGUGUCUUGCCUACAGUCAAGCAUGGUGGUGGGAGUGUCAUGGUCUGGGGCUGCAUGAGUGCUGCCGGCACUGGGGAGCUACAGUUCAUUGAGGGAACCAUGAAUGCCAACAUGUACUGUGACAUACUGAAGCAGAGCAUGAUCCCCUCCCUUCGGAGACUGGGCCGCAGGGCAGUAUUCCAACAUGAUAACUACCCCAAACACACCUCCAAGACGACCACUGCCUUGCUAAAGAAGCUGAGGGUAAAGGUGAUGGACUGGCCAAGCAUGUCUCCAGACCAAAACCCUACUGAGCAUCUGUGGGGCAUCCUCAAACGGAAGGUUGAGGAGUGCAAGGUCUCUAACAUCCACCAGCUCCAUGAUGUUGUCAUGGAGGAGUGGAAGAAGACUCCAGUGGCAACCUAUGAAGCUCUGGUGAACUUCAUGCCCAAGAGGGUUAAGGCAGUGCUGGAAAAUGAUGGUGGCCACACAAAAUAUUGACACUUUGGGCCCAAUUUGGACAUUUUCACUUAGGGGUGUACUCACUUUUGUUGCCAGCGGUUUAGACAUUAAUGGCUGUGUGUUGAGUUAUUUUGAGGGGACAGCAAAUUUACACUGUUAUACAAGCUGUACACUCACUACUUUACAUUGUAGCAAAGUGUCAUUUCUUCAGUGUUGUCACAUGAAAAGAUAUACUCAAAUAUUUACAAAAAUGUGAGGGGUGUACUCACUUUUGUGAGAUACUGUAGAUUGAGAGGAUUGUAGAGGUUCUAUUUGUACUAUAACAACACAAUACUGUACUGUAGCUGUUAACCUACAUUAUGUUACAAUUCAGUUGGCGCCUCUAACUGUGUUUAAUCUAUAUCAACAUGUAGGGCUCUGAGGAGUGGGUAUUGAUUGAGAAACAAGACACUUAUCAACAGGACAAUGACUGGAAGGCAGAGGAACAGAACAAGGCUUCCACCUCACCUCCCCCAUUAGUCCCUAAUUCCUCUUGGGAAAGAAAGAAAGAACUGGAAAAAGACAUAGACGUAGCCAAGAUGAUUCAUAUUGAGGUUAGAGGGGAGGAUGGGCAAGAAAUGAGAACAGAUAUUGAUAACUUUCCAUCGCCCAAAGCCACAAGGGAAUCCCAGGAUGAAUGUUCUGAACCGCGGCUGACUAGCAACAGCCGGUUUGUGGUGGAAUUAGCUGAAACCACAGAAUCUUCUGAAGAUGAUUCGCAGUGGAAAGUACCUCCAGCAGAACACUCUGGUGCAAGGAAUGACAUAUUCCCAGUCCCAGUCUCAGUCCCAGACCCAGUCUUAACCCCAGUCCCAUUCCGAGACUCUAAGAAGGAUCAUCAACCCAACAGACACAGAAAAAAUAAGAGACCUAAUAGUUUAAACCUGGGAAUGUCAACAGAAUUAAUCUAUGAGAAAGAGGGUGAAGUCUCAAAUGGCGAAGAAGACAACGGGGGAUCAGACUGGGAGGAUAGUCCAACAGAGAAGACAAAGGCGGGACAAAUAGAUCACCCUGAAGACAGUGUUUCCAGAGAGGAGCCAGACGACCAGUGUUGGGUGACUAGUCCACUGAUGAAAGAUGAGGAGAGAUCACCAGAGGCUAAAUGGAAGGAGACAGUGGUGUUUGAGUAUGAAGAUAACAAGAAGGACCACAGUACAUCAGUAGGAGAAGACAAGGCAACUCAGGGAAGUGCUGUGGAUGAUCCUGCAGGGUGUGAUGGAAGGGACCAGGUUAAGAGCUUCAUCACUGAGGUCCAGCAAGCAGGCAAAGGGCUAGGCUCUGUCAAUGGUCCUGGGAAAACAGAAUGUGAUAGUUUAGCAGAACAGGUUAGAGAACCGGUUAAAGGGUUUCAUCUCAGAGAGAGAUGCAUGACUGACAAUAGAGAACACAUAGAAGAGGUCAAGCUGAGGGAGGUCAAGACACACGAGAGAAAAGCCAGUAACUCUGGGGGGGAGGAAGUGGAAGGUCUCAUGUCAGAGGUCAGGGGUCAGAGAAGGUCUUUAGAGAGACUAUCAGGCAGCAGUCAGUCAGAAAUCACCAGGAUCGUUCCGCUCAAACCUGAAAGGUCAAAGAGCUUAGUAUGCAAAGAUGAGCAGGACAGAGGGAGUCAGGACACUGAGUCUGAGCUGAGUGGAGUUUUUAGAAGAGAGUACAGAUGGUCAGGAGGUUCAUCAGAGGGACCUUCAGACAUCAACUGGAACAACGAGUCCACCUUCUAUCAAACAUCCACCCUGCCUACGUCAUUCAUCUCAACCAACGCUAGUCCAGCAAGACGGACCCAUUCCCAGACCAUUACACACAGAGACGCCCCACAGGAACAGGGCAGCUUCUGGGGUCUGGAAGGCUUGGCAAGAGUCGAGUCUAAAACUGAAGAGCUGGUUCAGCAACAGAGCAGCGCUGCCCGUGACGAUCACUUUCAGACGUCAUUCAUCUCAACCAACGCUAGUCCAGCAAGACGGACGCACUCCCCGACUAUGACAAACAGAGACGCCCCACAGGAACAGGGCAGCUUCUGGGGUCUGGAAGGCUUGGUAAGAGUCGAGGCUAAAACUGAAGAGCUGGUUCAGCAACAGAGCAGCGCUUCCUGUGAUGAUCCCUUUCAGGCUGCUAGAGAAGCCAUAGAGAGUCAUCAGUUGCUCAGUUUUAAGGCCUCAGCUACAGCUCCAGCCUCAGCGCUCCCCAGGACAGCUCCUCCUGCCCCUCCAGUGAAAACACAGAAGGCCAGAGAGUCUGGACUCAUACUCCGGAAUAUCAACCGCAAUGUUAGCAGGGAGCCUGGCCUGGACGCAACCAAGAAGAGACAUUCGGUAACUCUGCUUGGCAUCUGCUUUUCAAUCAUUUGGAAACAAAAAGCAUCGCAUGAGCUUCAGACAGAGUCGCACACUCCCAUUUUCUUAUUUUCCUGUUUUCAGUGACUUGAAUAUACAUACAUGUAACUUAUACGUGCCUGUAUAUGAAGAAGGGGGUGGAAUUUUAGUUUUGACACACUUGUUUUGGCUUUGUCUCAUUGGCUGAUGCAGCCAACAAUGCAUUUUGUCUGCUAUGAGUUUGGACCUUCUCCCUUUCGGCCUCUCCAUUUAGACCCCCUCCUCCUCUCUGCCUCUCUGCCUCCCUCCACCCUUAUUCUCACACUUCACAGCAAACUUGAAACACAACUGCUUGCAAAUCUGUAGGAAUCACUACAGGGCUGUGGUAGAGAUUGUCAAAAAGACAAAAACAACUUUUCAUGCUUUGGCUCAUGGCUUCUAUCCCCCCUCUCUUCACAUUUGAACCUUGAUUUUCCUUCCAACUAACCUUGUAGCAAGUCUCCUCUUUUGCAGAGGGUUGCAAGGAAACAAAGGUUCGUGCAUAUUGCCAUGGCUCUGAGUUUUUUUUGCACUUCUCUUCCAUGCUGUUUCCAAGCUGACAUGUGGAGGAAGGCAUGGACUUCAGACAUGGUUUCAUACAUGUUUUACAGUUCAAUUGACUGUGACAGGAACUGUGUGAGGAAAUGAGAGAAACGUGUCGUUAUCACCCAUAAAGGCACUAUAUGCUACAGAUAUGCUCAUCAGUCAAAUGCCGGCAAUUAAUCUCCUGACCUCAUGGAUACUUGUUAUAGAAAGUCACGUAUGAUACCAACUCAGUAGUUUGCAUAAUGUCGUGUAGAUGAGAAAAUAGUUUGUGAUUUCAAAUGAUCAACUUCAUUAACAUGACAAUGAAUGACAUGAGCAUUGAGCUAAAUGUGGCUUACGGUACCUUAUUGGGUGAUGAUAAUUUAUAAACCAAAUUAAAUUCUUUACAAGGAUCACACGUUGGAUGCUAUAACGCUUUCUUGUAAAGCAAAGAACCCACCCAGACUGUGAAGAAAGAGGCAGGAAACAAGCUGUCUGGUAGCAAUGCCCAAGCUGCUGUACCUACACAGACAGACUAGCUCUCAGUAAGAUGUUGCCACAUACAUUUUACAGUUUGUGUCAUUAGGAGCUUGCACGUAUUUGGCAGUGGAAUGAAAAUAAUUUAAAAUUAGGCCUGGGACCUGACAGCUUAAAUCAUUUUCAGUCUUUCAUCUGAGUCUAGGUCAUGGACACAUUGGCACGACCAGGCAUGGAAAGAGGUGUGAAAAACAGCAUGUGAGAGCACCAGCCAUUCUAUAUACUGGGUGUGCAAGAACAGAAUCUUUGGCCAUUUGAACAUUUGAGCCUCAUAAAAAAAUUCAGUCUGCGUGGUUUGCAGCAUUCUCUGAUUCUGUCCUUGGCCAAUGAUUGGCUGUUGCAAUGCUGCUAUGGCUGUUCUAGACUACCAUAUCUUACAAGCUGUCCAUAAUUAUACUUUUGUAUGACACUCUAGUUUAUACUAAUUCAAACCAGGACAACUGGCUUUACCUGGUGGGUUCAUCAGGGUUGGCCUCAAUUAUAAUAGAAGGCAGUGAAAUCAGGAAGUAAACUAAAAUUACAAUUCAAUCAUAAAAAUAAAAAUAAAUGUCUCAAUAAACUGAAAAGUAGAAGCUAUUUAUUUCAAAUGGUUUUACAUGUCUGAAUUUUGAAUUCAAAUCACUUCCUGAAUUGACUGCCUUCAAUUCGAAUUGAGCCCAACCCUUGGGUUAAUUUAUCUUGUCCAAACUGGUAGUAAGCUUACUUGUUUUCUGUACUCAUGAAUAGAUGGAACGGGGGGAACUUCCCUUCUAUGUUAGAACCGUGCUGUUCUGUUGUUCUGAUGCUCUGUUAGUAGAGACCAAGUCUCUCUACUGAUGUCUACACUCUUAGAAAUAAAGGCGCUAUAUAGAACUUGAAAGGGUUCUUCGGCUGUCCCCAUAGGAUAACCCUUUGAAGAACCCUUUUUGGUUCCAAGCAGAACCCUUUUGGGUUCCAUGUUGAACCCUUCCACACAGGGUUUUACAUGGACCCAAAGUGGUUCUACUUGGAACCAAAAAGGGUUCUCCUAUGGGGACAGCACUUUUGGAACCCUUUUUUCUAAGAGCGUAGUAGUCUGUCUCUCCAGCUUGGACUAACCUCUGGCUGCUCGCCCUCUUCCUAUGCUCUCCUCUUUCUCUGCUCUCUCUCUUCCUCUGCUCUCUCUCUUCCUCUGCUCUCCUCUUUCUCUGCUCUCUCUCUUCCUCUGCUCUCUCUCUUCCUCUGCUCUCCUCUUCCUCUGCCCUCUCUCUUUCUCUGCUCUCCCUCUUUCUCUGCUCUCCCUCUUCCUCUGCUCUCUCUCUUCCUCUGCUCUCUCUCUUCUUCUGCUCUCUCUCUUCCUCUGCUCUCUCUCUUCCUCUGCUCUCCCUCUUCCUCUGCUCUCUCUUCCUCUGCUCUCCCUCUCCCUCUUCCUCUGCUCUCCCUCUUCCUCUGCUAUCUCUUCCUCUGCUCUCUCUUCCUCUGCUCUCUCUCUUCCUCUGCUCUCUCUCUUUCUCUGCUCUCUCUCUCUUCCUCUGCUCUCUCUCUUCCUCUGCUCUCCCUCUGCAGGAGCCGCUCUUCACUCCUGCCAUCUAUGAAGAUACAUUAGAUGAUGCUAAGGUCACUUUACAUUAUGCAUUUAACCACAUGCCUCCCCAUGUUCCCAUUUUUGCACUCUUUCUUGUGAUAGAUCAGUCCCUCACUCCCUCAUCCAUCCCAAUCUCCCUCACCGUCAUCAAUGGGUAACUUUAUGCAUGCUGCCCAUAUGACAGAGGCUGAACCGUGACUAUGCCACAUGCGUUUUAACCUCAUUCCUGUUUGUAAGGCUUCUCCAUUCAUCUUCUCUCUUCUCCAUAUAGGCCAAUACUAUGUGUAACAAAUUGCAUGCUUGGAGAAGAUAAAGUCUUUAUGAUCAUGUAUGCAUGUGUAACAUGUACUGUAUAAUGGUCUUGAGCAAAGAUCCUACAUGAAUACUUCUACACACCCCCAGGAGACAUAUUCCCUUCUAGAGGAUAAUUUAACCUCCUGUCAUCAUCAUCAUCAUCAUCAUCACCCCUUUCAUGGUCACUCCCUGCCCUGAGCAGACGCCAGACUGGCCCUGUGUUGUGAUGGCCAUCUUUGUGUAAUCCCCUCUCUCACCCAGAGGGAACCCUGGGAGAGGAGGCCUCUGCCGGGCUCCGCCUCAGAGGAGGACCACGAGCGUGACAUGGUGGUCUGCAUGAAAGAGACCCACCUGGGCAUCGAGAGGAAGUGCUCCAGCAUGACGGUCAGCUCCACGUCCAGCCUGGAGGCUGAGGUGGACUUCACCGUCAUCAUGGACCUCCACAUGGGCGUGGAGGAGUUCUCCAAGAGCAUGUCUAAGCUGGGGGAGCUGGGGGAGCGGCUGCCCGAAGUGGGCCGGGACGACUUUGAGGAGACCUCCAGGUUCUAUUCAGCCCGUCUCAUGGUCUCCCAUGACAUGUCCCCUGUAGAGGAGAUGCCUCCUGUGCACCAUGAGGAAGGUGUUCACCAUGAGGUAGACACAGACAUACUGUACCCCAUCCCUUAUCAUUGCAACUCCCUACUUCUAAAGGCCGGAACUGCCCUGCUAGGGACGCCUGCCCUUAUAAAUUAAAUCACCCGUCACCUUUUCUGUUGGACCGUUUUCAGUUACCAUUUAGGUAAUUUUUUGUCAAUGUUUUAACUUUUAGGUUUACAUGUUAUAAAAUUAUUGGUAAUAUAUUUUUGCUUCAUCUUUAGAUUUUGUUUAUUCAUUUUCCUAUGGUUUAUCCAUUUGCUUCUGCUGUUUUUUGUUUUACAUUAUUGUGCAGUGUGUACGUUUCCUUGUAUGUUCCCUUCUAUUGUAAAUCAUGCUUUCUUUACUAAAUGUUUGGUCUGAAAUAAGUUAUAUACAAUCACCAAUUGAUACUGUAGUAUGGGCAUACUUGUAUUGUUUCAUUGUCAUUUUGAAAAGUAUUGUAAUCUUUGAAUAAGAAAUGUAUUGUAGUUGACCUAAGGAUAAGCAUGUUCAGUACCAUGUCGAAGCCAGCAUGUAUUUGACAGAAUAUACCGUACUCAGACAUCUGUUUUGACCAUGUAAAUUAGAUUAAAAUAUGAUGGAUUUUCAUGUGUCUCAAAAGACAUUCAGCAACCCAAAAUGCUUCCCAUAUAUAAACCUAUAAAAACGACACACUGUGGGGGUCAAUUUCAGGCCAUUUGUUGACAGUUUGUUUACUGUCAGGGAAUAUUGAUGAAGUUAGAGAACAAUAGUAUGUCUAUGUUCCAUCUAUGUAGUCUCACUGUACCUGUCUGUCUCGCCCUGCUGCAGCCCACGGUAGCCAGGAAAGACCCCAGUGCUGUUAGCGCUGCCCAGAUGCUGAGGAAGGCCGACGUCAAGAUGGAGACACACACCAAUGGGUCAGAGGUCACCAGCACCGACUUCAUGGACAUGUCCCAGCAGGUACACUACAUCAGUCUAUGCCUAUGGACUCACAUCUGUCCCCCUGUGUUUGGUGGAUGAUUCAGCCUGGUACAGUAGUCUCAUCUGUUUGUGCUCCAGCCAAGUCCUCUGCCAACAAACAUGACAGAGGACUUGGCUAAAGCACAAACAGAUCUACUUCCAGUGCUAGUGCAUACUAAUGAGGGUGCAUACUAGUGAGGGUGCAUACUAAUGAUCAAAUUACAAAUGUAGAAGUGGGGCCUAAAUAGUCUGAACAAAACAUGUCUGAAAUGAUCUUGAGCAGGAAAUGGAAACAUUUGGUGAAUAAGACAAUAGUAGGACCAUUAUAGAGUCGUUUUGACCCCAUCAACCUGCCAUUUAGUUUAAUAUUUUUGUACACAGAGGAAAUGGAAUGAGUCAUUUAAAAAAGAGGAGUAGCCUAUACCCAUUUAUGUAUGCAGUCUAUGUAGGGCAGGCUCCAGAACGAAUCCGUUGGACAGGCAUUUGAUUUCCAUAGGGGGGCACGUUUCAAUAAAUUGUAUUUGUGGAGUGCCUUUGUUAUAACUAUGAAACAGAAAGCAUUGAUGUUGGAACCCGGUAUAAGCUUCUUUUUAUAACGACAACAUAAAAAUAAAUACCCCAACCACCAAGACGCACAGUCAGCAAGAUGCAUGGUCAAAUGACUAAAACAUCAGUAGCCUAAACAUCAUUACAAGCGCCAAGUCUGCUUGAUAAUAGUGAAAAUCAUCACAAAAGCAACAAUGGCAUUAUGAAUAUAAGUGUUGAUAUGGCAGCAGUCAAAAUGUCAAUUAUCAGUUGGUACAUGUCCAUGUCACAUAGCCUAAACAACGAAAGCUGUUGAGUGCAUUCCUGAUUUGAUUUAUUGCUUGAGAUGUAGGGCCUGCUCCCUUAGUGAUUACAUUUUAUGCUGAUAAUAGCCUGUAGAAUUCUCACCGGCUUGUUUUAUUCUAAAUGGUGGAGUCCUCUCUCCUCUCCCACCGUUUCAUUUGGUGGCGGCGCCGGGACCUGCUACAUGCGCACAGUGCACUUAGGCCUCGCAGGUGUAAAUUCAGAUUGAGGCUCAGAAUCAGAAGAAUACUCAUCAGAGAUGUCAUCAUGAUUCAUUUCUUCCCCACCAUCGGAGUCAUUUUCAUUCAGAUUUUGUAGCAACGCUAACGAGUGAAUCCAUUCGUCUUGGUCUUCUUGCCAUUGUAAAUUACGCAAGCUCUCAAUGUGUACUCCAAGUAGGCCAGAGUAGACUGAUAGAGUACAAACCAUUUUGAGAUUAUAAUUAGAAUAGAUCAAUACAAUAUAAUGACCGCCAUGUUCUUCAUUCACAAUAAGUGAUUACAUAAUUAUGCAUCGUUGCUUCCCCUAGCUCAUCAACUCAUCCAUGCUCCCCCAUCAUACUUUAGCCUACUUCAGUUGUUUCAUCUGUUAUUAUAUGUGUUAAAUUAGUUUCGGUAUAGUUUAGGUUAACUAUCGAGGCAAUUAUCGGGGUGAUUUGGGCACAGCAUCUUCAACUAUCGCGAGAAGGAGGGGAGCAGGUCCUACUGUCGAGAGGGGCAACGGGGAAAACCAUAUAAAAAAUGACAUGCCCACCUACAGUGAGGGAAUUAAGGAUUUGAUCCCCUGCUGAUUUUGUACGUUUGCCCACUGACAAAGACAUGAUCCGUCUAUAAUUUUAAUGGUAGGUUUAUUUGAACAGUGAGAGACAGAAUAACAACAACAAAAAAUCCAGCAAAACGCAUGUCAAAAAUUUUAUAAAUUUAUUUUCAUUUUAAUGAGGGAAAUAAGUAUUUGACCCCUCUGCAAAACAUGACUUAGUACUUGGUGGCAAAACCCUUGUUGGCAAUCACAGAGGUCAGACGUUUCUUGUAGUUGGCCACCAGGUUUACACACAUCUCAGGAGGGAUUUUGUCCCACUCCUCUUUGCAGAUCUUCUCCAAGUCAUUAAGGUUUCGAGGCUGACGUUUGGCAACUCAAACCUUCAGCUCCCUCCACAGAUUUUCUAUGGGAUUAAGGUCUGGAGACUGGCUAGGCCACUCCAGGACCUUAAUGUGCUUCUUCUUGAGCCACUCCUUUGUUGCCUUGGCCGUGUGUUUUGGGUCAUUGUCAUGCUGAAAUACCCAUCCACGACCCAUUUUCAAUGCCCUGGCUGAGGGAAGGAGGUUCUCACCCAAGAUUUGACGGUACAUGGCCCCGUCCAUCAUCCCUUUGAUGUGGUGAAGUUGUCCUGUCCCCUUAGCAGAAAAACACCCCCAAAGCAUAAUGUUUCCACCUCCAUGUUUGACGGUGGGGAUGGUGUUCUUGGGGUCAUAGGCAGCAUUCCUCCUCCUCCAAACACGGCGAGUUGAGUUGAUGCCAAAGAGCUCGAUUUUAGUCUCAUCUGACCACAACACUUUCACCCAGUUCUCCUCUGAAUCAUUCAGAUGUUCAUUGGCAAACUUCAGACGGGCCUGUAUAUGUGCUUUCUUGAGCAGGGGGACCUUGCGGGCGCUGCAGAUUUUCAGUCCUUCACGGCAUAGUGUGUUACCUAUUGUUUUCUUGGUGACUAUGGUCCCAGCUGCCUUGAGAUCAUUGACAAGAUCCUCCCGUGUAGUUCUGGGCUGAUUCCUCACCGUUCUCAUGAUCAUUGCAACUCCACGAGGUGAGAUCUUGCAUGGAGCCCCAGGCCGAGGGAGAUUGACAGUUCUUUUGUGUUUCUUCCAUUUGCGAAUAAUCGCACCAACUGUUGUCACCUUCUCACCAAGCUGCUUGGCGAUGGUCUUGUAGCCCAUUCCAGCCUUGUGUAGGUCUACAAUCUUGUCCCUGACAAACUUGGAGAGCUCUUUGGUCUUGGCCAUGAUGGAGAGUUUGGAAUCUGAUUGAUUGAUUGCUUCUGUGGACAGGUUUAAGAGUGUGCUCCUAAUCUCAGCCAGCUCGUUACCUGUAUAAAAGACACCUGGGAGCCAGAAAUCUUUCUGUUUGAGAGGGUGUCAAAUACUUAUUUCCCUCAUUAAAAUGCAAAAUCAAUUUAUAAAUCAAUGCGUUUUUUCUGGAUUUUUUUGUUGUUAUUCUGUCUCUCACUGUUCAAAUAAACCUACCAUUAAAAUUAUAGACUGAUCAUUUCUUUGUCAGUGGGCAAACGUACAAAAUCAGCAGGGGAUCAAAUACUUUUUUCCCACACUGUAAAACUGUCUAUAACACCAGUUCUAUUUUUGAUACUAAGAUUCUAACAGUGUGUAUUAUAGACUUAUUUAGGAAAAGUCAAGGACGGAGGGGGGGCAUUACUUCCAAAAUGGCAGAGUAAUAAAUUGUUUUAAUUGAGCAGUCCAAAUGACUGCUUUAGUGGUUCUGUUGUGGGUUUUAUAGUAACAACAUGUAAUUUAAUUAUACAAAUGUAUUAGCCUGCCUUUUAAUGUGGCAUGCACACAACUAGUCAGGAUAUUUUCAUCUGAUUGUAAAACGAAUCACUUCAAACAGUAGGUUACCUUCGCAUGUUAGUCCAAAAAUUGCCUCAGAUCGGCUGAAACAGCGCCCUUCUGUCUUACAAUAUGUAGCCUCAUGUAUCUGAUGCGGUCUGGCACAUACUGAGACAGAGAAGCGCUGUUUCGCUUGUUCGGAUGCUUUAUCUGACAAUGAUGGUUCUUUCUGUCGGCGUGCGUCUCGGUCAAAUACAUCAAUAUUUUAAUAUUUUAUUUGGACGGGCAAGGAGGUAUGGUAGGGCGGGCCAGGAGUUACGUUAGGGCAGGCCAGCCCCCCUAAGACCUGCCCAUAACGCCGGCCCUGAGUCUAUGGUAUAUCCUAAUAUAGAUUAGCCUUUUUCUCUUCAUAUCUCUACAGAUCUUGAUUAGACUGAGUGCCUUAUUCUCACGACCACAAUGACAUAAUAGCAUCAUUAUGGAGGGAUUAAAGUAUUGACAGGAAAUUAACGAGAAUGAUGAAAGCAUGCGGGAGCUCCAUUCAUCUCUAGUCUGAGCAUGAAGCUGUGGCAGCCCCAACAGGUGCCUGAUUAAAAUGUAAUUAGUUCCUCUCUGGUGUGCCAUUCAUCUAAUGACGAGGAUGAGCUGUGUCAGUGAUCUGGAGAGGGUGCCUUUGAAGUGGAAACUCAAGUCAAAGUUUUCACUUAUCAGUGAAGAAAAUAAAAAUAAAAAUAAAAAUGUAUGCACUCACUAACUGUAAGUUGCUCUGGAUAAGAGCGUCUGCUAAAUGACUAAAAUGUCAAAUGUAAAGACGUGCUAAGCAUGGCAAUAGAAUGACUAGAAUAGGUGGACAGUCUAAUAGAUAACAGAUGGAUAUUUCUAUGGUGUAGAGCCUCUUGGGCAGAUGUGCUCUUGAUUUGUAGUAAGCCACGAUACAGUAGCGUUUGUAUGUGUGUGUGUGUGUGUGUGUGUGUGUGUGUGUAUCUGCAGCAAAUGGAGACUGACGUCAACUGUAAUGACACGAAGGUCUCCAGCAGCACUGAUGUGGCUCAGCCACCAGAGGGCGACCUGGUAUGUGUCAGUACCUCUUGAAAACAGCAGAAAGGCUGGAAGGCUAUGCUAUGCUUGCUCUGGCUGCAGUCUGAUUCUCUGCUGUACAUUCUCAACCCUUCUCCCUGAACCACACACUCAUUAACUCCCCGUGAUGGAUUUGACAGGAACUGGACUGGUGUAAACAGGGUAUAGAGAAUUGCUCUAAUCUGCCAUGGCAGGUUUUGAAUGUGCAAAUAAUGGGCUGCAAGUUUAGAGAGUAUAUUUUACCAGAUUGUGGCCAGAUUGUUUAGUUUUUUGUCAUGAUAUGAUAUUGCCUCACAAUAUUUGCAUGUGCAUCCUUUUAAAAGAAGCUUGUUAAAAUGAAGACUUCUCCCCCCUUCUCAACCGUGCAGAGCUCACUAGUUUGUGUCAUACUGCUACCCCAUAAUCGGCUUGUGUUUUCUAUGGCACUUAAAGGGGUAAUCUGCAGUUGCUACAUCCAUGUUUGGACUUAUAAAUUAAUGAUAUGUACCCAUUGAUUCUUGAAGAAUAUAACAUAUAAAAAUGCCUCAGGAGCUUAGUUCAACUGUUGUCCCCCAUCAGAACCCCAAAGAUAAGCUUGUUUUACUCCAAUGUUUGUAAAUAAAGUAAAUGUAAAUAAACACUAUAUAGCCUCAAAACAUGGUUAAAACAAUCAUGUUUUUAUCAUUGAUGGUCAGUCCUUGCAUUCAUUGCUCUGUCUAUGAAUUUGAGAGUGGUUACAUUUCUCCAGCCCCAUCUAUCAGCUUUUUACCGAAACGGGCAGACAGCACACUUUGUUAUUGUUCAACUGCUGAUUGCCACUUUAAUGUUUAAAUUAACUCCAAUUUGUAUCACAGUGCCAACAUACAUGCUGUUUUGAUAAUUACAGGAGGAUCUGUUGAGUUGAACUUCACUAGUUGGUACAUAACCAUGUUGAUACCAUACUUCUGUAAGGCGGCAGGUAGCCUAGCGGUUAAGACUGUUGGGCCAAAUCCCCGAGCCGACUAGGUCAGAAAUCUGUCGUUGUGCCCUUGAGCAAGGCACUUAACCCUAAUUGCUCCUGUAAGUCGCUCUGGAUAAGAGCGUCUGCUAAAUGACUAAAAUGUCAAAUGUAGAUUUGAAUUUAGUUCAACUACCACCAAGCUACUGCAAAAUGUAGUUAAAUUACUAGUUGAACUACAUGUAGUUCACUACUCCCAACAUGCUGUUUUGAUCAUGACAGGAGGGGUUAUGCUACACUUCUGCUUGGCUGCCUAUUGGUUUAUAACUUGGUUUUCUGCUUGGCUGCCUAUUGUUUUAUAACUUGGCUUAUAGGUUCAUCCUAAUACCUUGCUUCUGAUUCCCUACAGUCAGGCUUGAGGACUGUAUGUCCCCAUAUGGACACAUUGCUCUUCUACCAGAUCAGUUUAAUCUGCAUGAACAUGAUGACUUCAUCCCUUCAUCCAUGUGACGUUUCCUCUCCUCCCUCUCAUCAUCCCUCUCUUGAUCCCAGAACCAGAACCAGGGAGUUGGCAGUAGGAAGGAGGCUCCUCUCCCUAGUAAAGAAAAUGGCUCCCCUGUAAGUACCUAGUUCACCUCACCAUUCAUCCCCUCCCCUCACUCAAUAGACUGACUAUAUUACUGUACUACUCUGACUCCAAGCAUUCAGUCCUACAGUAUGACAGAGCACAGCAUGGCCCCCAUGUAGCUGUUGUUUUAUUGAGAGAGAGGUGGGAAAAGAUUUGGUUGUAUUUUGGCUGGGCUAGUGUGUGUGUGUGUGUCUGUGUCUGUGUCUGUGCCUGCGUUAAAUUGGGAAUUCAGAAGUGGGGGAACAUUAUUUGGAGGGGUAAGGGUUUAGCCGGGAUUGAACAUAAAGCUAGGGUUAGGUUAUACCAAGAUUUGUAUGUUUAAUGUUAUAUCUGGCCUAUGCCAUGUCGCUCACCCUAUUACAGUGCAUUUUGUUGUACGUAAACAAAUAUCUGUGAAAAUCAGACAUUAAAGAAAUAUCUAAUACAUUGCUCAAAAAAAUAAAGGGAACACUAAAAUAACACAUCCUAGAUCUGAAUGAAUGAAAUAAUCUUAUUAAAUACUUUUUUCUUUACAUAGUUGAAUGUGCUGACAACAAAAUCACACACAAAUUAUCAAUGGAAAUCAAAUUUAUCAACCCAUGGAGGUCUGGAUUUGGAGUCACCCUCAAAAUUAAAGUGGAAAACCACACUACAGGCUGAUCCAACUUUGAUGUAAUGUCCUUAAAACAAGUCAAAAUGAGGCUCAGUAGUGUGUGUGGCCUCCACGUGCCUGUAUGACCUCCCUACAACGCCUGGGCAUGCUCCUGAUGAGUCUGUGGUGCAACGUGGCGUUGGUGGAUGGAGCGAGACAUGAUGUCCCAGAUGUGCUCAAUUGGAUUCAGGUCUGGGGAACGGGCGGGCCAGUCCAUAGCAUCAAUGCCUUCCUCUUGCAGGAACUGCUGACACACUCCAGCCACAUGAGGUCUAGCAUUGUCUUGCAUUAGGAGGAACCCAGGGCCAACCGCACCAGCAUAUGGUCUCACAAGGGGUCUGAGGAUCUCAUCUCGGUACCUAAUGGCAGUCAGGCUACCUCUGGCGAGCACAUGGAGGGCUGUGCGGCCCCCCAAAGAAAUGCCACCCCACACCAUGACUGACCCACCGCCAAACCGGUAAUGCUGGAGGAUGUUGCAGGCAGCAGAACGUUCUCCACGGCGUCUCCAGACUCUGUCACAUGUGCUCAGUGUGAACCUGCUUUCAUCUGUGAAGAGCACAGGGCGCCAGUGGCGAAUUUGCCAAUCUUGGUGUUCUCUGGCAAAUGCCAAACGUCCUGCACGGUGUUGGGCUGUAAGCACAACCCCCACCUGUGGACGUCGGGCCCUCAUACAACCCUCAUGGAGUCUGUUCCUGACCGUUUGAGCAGACACAUGCACAUUUGUGGCAUGCUGGAGGUCAUUUUGCAGGGCUCUGGCAGUGCUCCUCCUGCUCCUCCUUGCACAAAGGCGGAGGUAGCAGUCCUGCUGCUGGGUUGUUGCCCUCCUACGGCCUCCUCCACGUCUCCUGAUGUACUGGCCUGUCUCCUGGUAGCGCCUCCAUGCUCUGGACACUACGCUGACAGACACAGCAAACCUUCUUGCCACAGCUCGCAUUGAUGUGCCAUCCUGGAUGCGCUGCACUACCUGAGCAACUUGUGUGGGUUGUAGACUCCGUCUCAUGCUACCACUAGAGUGAAAGCACCGCCAGCAUUCAAAAGUGACCAAAACAUCAGCCAGGAAGCAUAGGAACUGAGAAGUGGUCUGUGGUCACCACCUGCAAAACCAGUCCUUUAUUGGGGGUGUCUUGCUAAUUGCCUAUAAUUUCCACCUGUUGUCUAUUCCAUUUGCACAACAGCAUGUGAAAUGUAUUGUCAAUCAGUGUUGCUUCCUAAGUGGACAGUUUGAUUUCACAGAAGUGUGAUUGACUUGGAGUUACAUUGUGUUGUUUAAGUGUUCCCUUUAUUUUUUUGAGCAGUGUAUAAUCUAAGAUUAGAGUUAUGGCUAGGGUUAGGGUUGAGCCAGGUUGUAGACAUGAAGCUAGAGUUAGGCAGGGUUAGCUUUAGGGUUUUGGCUAGGGUUAGGGUAAGUACAAUGUAUUACCAUUUUAGUUAGGGUUUGGGUUUGUACUCUUAUCCUUUCUAUCCUACUCCUCUUUCGACCAGUAAGGUGCUGGAGCUCGACCCUGGGUAACUCCGUCAAAAAAAAAUGUGUGUGUGUGUGUGUUAGUGUUUGAAGCAGCUGUGCUUAUAAUGAAAGUGACCCUUCUUCCUCCUAAUGACCGUGCUGCAGGUGAAGGCAGGCACCCUGGGCAGAGAGGCUGUAGAGUCCCCACUGACUGUCACCACUGACAACGUCACCUCAGCAACCACAACUCAAGUUACCAAGGUAAACCCUCCUGUCUCAUUUUCAGCCUUUAAAAAUAUAAAAUAAUUGGUGAUGAGACUUGACACUACUUAAAGUGGCAAUAUGUAACUUUUAGGGUGACCAAACUCACAUAGAAAUGUGAGUUAUAGAUCUAUCAUUCUACUCUCUAAGAAGCUGUAGAUCUGUUCAAUGUGCGCUAUUUCUAUUCUUCCCAUUCUUAAGUUUAGUUUUUGUGUCUAUUACUUUUGGUUUUGUACACCAGCUGAAAAUACAAUAUUUUUGGUUAUGGAAAAUAUAUGUCACAGCGGUUUAGAUGGUACAAUGAUUCUCUACACUAUACUAGCGUAUUUUGUCACAUAAACUGAAAUUGAGCGAACUAUUAGAGUUUUAGCAACCAAUGGCAGAGCGAUUUCAGCAUAGUGCAACUUUAAUAGUAUAUUUAUACAUUAUAGAGCUAAAGGUCACAGUAAUUAUGUGAUCUGUAGAUUGUUGUUGAGCUGUUGUUGAAUGGAUGUGUGUGUGUUGUGUUUCAGACAGUGAAAGGUGGCUACUCGGAGACCAGGAUUGAGAAAAGGAUCAUCAUCACAGGAGAUGAUGACGUGGACCAACAUCAGGUGAGGAACAACAGUCACAGCCGUUACUGAGUGAUAAUACUGUUUUAAUACAUUGUAAGGCGUCUUUCAUGACAGUCAAAUACACUAAUAUUGUAGAUUGCAAAUGUCCAUUAAUGUGAACUGUGACUUUUGUCACGCAGGCCCUUGCGAUGGCGAUACAGGAGGCCAAGCAGCAACACCCUGACAUGCUGGUGACAAAAGCAGUGGUUGUCAGGGAAACAGAGUCUCCCACUGAGGAGCAACAUAGGAAAUCUGAGGUACGUGGAGCUGCAAUGUAAACAUCACUGUCAUGAGACCAUAGUAUAUUGCCUCAAUAAGUAGAGAGGUAGUGAUACAGAGAGUUUGUGUGUAUGUAUGUGUAACUGAUGUGAAAUGGCUAGCUAGUUAGCGGUGCGCACUAGUAGCGUUUCAAUCGGUGACGUCACUCGCUCGGAGACAUUGAAGUAGUUGUUUCCCGCGGCUUUUGUGGAGCGAUGGGUAACGAUGCUUCGAAGGUGACUGUUGUCGAUGUGUGCAGAGGGUCCCUGGUUCAAGCCCAGGUAGGGGCGAGGAGAGGGACGGAAGGAACACUGUUAGAUAUGUGUGUGUUUGCCUGGCAGAAAUCAGCAUUUGAAAGUUUCCUCUCACUCCUCGUGGCUAUAUAAAUAAUAAUAAAUAAUUAGUCAUUUAGCAGACGCUCUUAUCCAGAGCGACUUACAGGAGCAAUUAGGGUUAAGUGCCUUGCUCAAGGGCACAGACAGAUUUUUCACCUAAUCGGCUCGGGGAUUAGAACCAGCGACCUUUCGGUUACUGGCACAACGCUCUUACCCACUAAGCUACCUGCCGCUAUGACCUCAUCACAGCCAUGAUAAAAAUGUCAUGGCCUCGAGUGUAUUAUUGGUUUUAUACAACGGGUUAACAGCAUUAAAAAUCAAGAUUAUUUCCCAAACAAUCAAUUUUUAGGCAAAACAUGAUGCUACAUUCACUAACACUGGUUGUCAAGUGACAUUUUAGGUAGUGUAAUAACAAUAAUAAUUUGUUCUUAACUGACUUGCCUAGUUGACCCUAGGACAACGGGAGGGUUAAAUAAAGGUAAAAAAAUAAAAUAAAUGUGCAGUUGCAAACCGUAGGCUGGCUUUUUUAUGGCGAUUUUGGAGCAGUGGCUUCUUCCUUGCUGAGCGGCCUUUCAGGUUAUGUCGAUAUAGGACUCGUUUUACUGUGGAUAUAGAUACUUUUGUACCUGUUUCCUCCAGCAUCUUCACAAGGUCCUUUGCUGUUGUUCUGGGAUUGAUUUACACUUUUCGCACCAAAGUACAUUCAUCUCUAGGAGACUUAGUGUAUGUAAAUCCAAGCUGUUCCAAGCUGUUGAAAGGCACAGUCAACUUAGUGUAUGUAAACUUCUGACCCACUGGAAUUGUGAUACAGUGAAUUAUAAGUGAAGUAAUCUGUCUGUAAACAAUUGUUGGAAAAAUUACUUGUGUCAUGCACAAAGUAGAUGUCCUAACCGACUUGCCAAAACUAUAGUUUGUUAACAAGACAUUUGUAGAGUGGUUGAAAAACGAGUUUUAAUGACUCAAACCUAAGUGUAUGUAUACUUCCGACUUCAACUGUAUGUCAUGUUAUUAAAAACAUAUUGUGUUUUCCCACUGGUGUCAGUCUGUUUCACAGAGCUGUGUGUUGCUCUCUCUCUCUGUUUCAGUCCUGAUCGCUCAUGGUGGUUCCUGGGAGUGGGGACAGGAAAUCUCCCGUCAUCUCCCUGACCCUCCCCACGCCAGCGCCGCAAGAGGGCUACAGUAA